AUUUUGUUACAAUUAUAGUAGAAUUGAUAGCCUAAAUAAAAAAUAUAAAAAAUUAAAACAAAAUUAUAUUAAUGAAGUAUCCACAUUUCGCCAAGGACCAGAUUUAUUCACAGUGCCUUAGUAUUUGAAAUUAUAUAAAAACUUAUGAUGAAGAUUGAGUAUUGUAUCGUUCAAAUUUACAUUAAAACGUUGUGAUUUACUUAUUCAUGGUUACAAAAAGUCUUUAAAACAUAUGCAUUACUAAAAAAUUAAGUAUGGUUUCAAAUGGUGUAGGUUUCCAAAAUGGUACAAUAAUAUUAGAUGAACCGAAAAAUGUCUAUUACUCAGGACAGCCUAUAUUUGGGAAAGUCAAUUUUGAGCUAAAUACUAGCUUGUCAAUUUUGUACUUAAAUGUGGUAUAUAAAGGAGAAGCAAAUGUAUUAUGGACAGAAAAUGAGCAAGAAAUUUAUAAUGGUGUAAAAAAGAAAAAAUUGGUCAAAUAUGUUGGACAUGAGGAAUAUUUUAACUUUUCACAAUGUAUUGUCGGAGGGAAUGGUGUCACAUCCCUUCCAGCUGGUAACCAUUCUCUACCAUUUCAAUAUCAGAUACCUUUCAAUGCUCCAUCUUCAUUUAAAGAGGAGAAAGGCGAAGUGACAUACAAUGUAACUGCAUAUUUGCUACAUCAAGAUGGAGUCACUAAGGAGGAAAUAGGCAAACAAUUUCAAGUCAUUGCUCCUUUGGACUUAAACACUGAAGAAAUUAAGAGACCUAUAGAAAUGGAGUUCGAGGAAGUGUACAGCUGUAACUGCGCAUGCGCACAGCGGGCGCUGCACGUGAGCGUGAGUGCGCCGCACGCGGGCGCGAGUCCGGGCGAGUGCGUGUCGCUGACCGUGCGCGCACACAACCGCGCCAAUGUAGAGGUCUCGCAGAUCGUGUUCCAACUGGCCAAGAAAAUGCGGUAUUUAAGUCAGCAGCCGAUGUCAACGGUCAUACCGCCAGAAGAAAUCAUUAUGUCGAUGGUGAAAGGUCCGAUUCUGAGUAAAACGAACCGCGAAUAUACCUUCGACCUCGUGUUACCGAACUUCAUCGCACUGAACCUGGACAACUGUGGGAUUAUAGAUGUCGGAUACUUCUUGAAGGUAACAAUGAAAGUGUCAGGCUGCAACGACGAUAUUUACGAUGAAACGCAAUUUUGCAUUGGUCUGGUACCUAUAGGUAGUAAUGCAGACGUCAAGUUGACUCAUCCCAUGGCCGAUUGCCUUCCAAACGCGCCCAUACCUAACCCAAACAACCCGACGUAUGUCAGCCAACCCUACACAGAAGCUUUUGCUAAUCCGCCGAACUUUCAAAAUAUUCAGUUUUGUCCACCGGGCCCCAUCCCUAACUACCCGUACCCUGUUGUGGCAAACGUGGUCGAUGGAAGUAUGUUCGGUUCUAAGAAUAGUCUUCCAGGAGUCUUCGAAACUAAUGCCCAGUCUCGAGCUGACCAGAACUCCACAUCUAUGCCGAUACCGGCCUUUCCUCCUUUACCCGAAGGUCAAGCUAUUCCAUACAUGCUUCCUCAAAGUCCACCACCCCCCUACUCAAUGCAACCUUUUUCACCCGAACCGUCAGCUCCCCCUUCGUAUUAAAUUUUUUAGUUUCGAUAUGACCGAAUUACACAAAAAUUUGGAGAACGUACAAAUAAAUAGGUUAUUCCUUUUUUAUAAUAUGAUCAUUUUCGUUUAAAUCAAAUGUAACCAUCAAAAAUUUUUGUAAAAUAACUGUUAUUCUACUGUCAUUAGUAAAUAACAAUUUCAGUCUGUGAUAUUCAAUGUUUAAAUAAUAUGUGCCAUUUUUCAUAAAUUAUGUACUUUUAACAUUUAUAAUCCGCGUGUUAUUGCAAUGGGAGAGAACCUUGUCAAAAAUAAAAUAUUAAAUAGUUAUGGACCGUUAGCAAAGAAGUUCUGAAUAAUAAUUAAUUAUGUGACUAUGAAAAAGACAUAAAGUGGUUAUGAUUUCAGCAAAUAAGCCUAUGUAGGGGUAAGUAUGUUCAUGAUUUUAUGUAUAUCUGUCUGAAUUAUUUCGCCUUAAAUUUUCAGUUAUAUAAUCCCAUUCUUUCCACCUUCAUUAAACACUAAAAUAAUAAACCUCGAGUCAAAAUUAAUACUAAUGAAUAAGUAACAAUACGUCCUAUAGUCUCGAAAGCAUCGACGUGCGCUUGCCGUCCUUACCAGGCGGUCCGCCCAUCUCAGUUCACAAGCAUCCCAUUCCGAUCCCACGCGGAUUUUACCGUGAUUAUCGGCAGCAACGGUUUAGAUAAUAUUUUAUUGAAUAAUACCUUGUCUAAGAAAUAAAGUUGAAAGUAUGCUGACAUUCAAUCGCGCUAUCUGAAAACUGAGUAAUUGAUUGCAAAAAAUAAUAUUAAAUGUAAUUUUUUCAAACAAAGAAGAAUUAUCAUAACUCGGCCUGGGGACAUCGAAGGACUAGUGAGUUAAAUACAUGGUAAUAAUUUUCAUAAGUAUGUUUAAUAUGUUGAUAUAAAAUUUAAUUUGUUACUAUUCGUGCGAAAAGUCAUACGUAAAUGAAAUUAUGUCUAUUUAAACGACAGAGCAUU